AUGGAUGCCAUCAUCAAAUCGUUCCAAUCACUUGUGCAAGACCUGUCAGGCAAGGGACAUUCAUGCCAACUUGUGCAGGUUCUGCGCGUUAUCAGCGUGGACAACGCCUCGGCCUUCGCCCACGUUGCCGGAGACUACUCGGCUUUCCUACACUUCGAUGACGACUCCCUAUUCCAACGCCCCAACACGACCUUGAAGGAGAUUCUACCUUCCCACUCGAGGCAUCCCGGUUACCGCCCUUCGCCAUGACUAUGAGAAGGAGGCGGCUUGCGGUAGGUGCCACUUUGUGGGUCACGUGGGAACCUGCGGACUGGAUCAGGAGAGGAAGCGGAAGGAGGCUCACAACGGCAUCAUCAACAGCAACAAAAACACCAUCACCCACAACACCAACAUCGCGGAGGCCGAGGCCCCCAUUCCUGUGCUGGUUGUUAACAGGAUCGCAUCACAGAAUCACUUCGCCGGGCUCGAGGUCGAGGAGGGACAGGAGGAAGAGGUAACUGGCCAGGGCGAACAGGGACCGGAGGAAUCGGGGGAGGAAGACGCUGGUGAUAAGGCGGAUGACGAGGACUCGGAGGACUCGGAGAUGGAAUCGGAGGCGGCCGCGAAAAUGGAGGUCAUCAAAAUUGAAAGCGAGGACGAGUCGGUCUUGGAGGACUGCAGCGGAUCCGAUGGAGAGGUGAUUGAUGAGAAUGAGGUGAUGGCGGAUGAAAGAGGUGAAACGGAAGGAGAGGUGGCUACGGAGAUGGAGGAAGAGGAGGUGGCGACGGAGGUGGGCGAUGUGGACGAAGCGAGGGGAUCGACGAAAGCGGAGAAUGCGGAAGCGACGGACUUAGGGGAAACGAACAGGCUGGACAAUGACGACGACAGCGACGCCACAGCAACCGCCGCCACCGCUUCCCGCGAAUCGACACCGCAUGAACCAACCCCACCUCUGUCACCCGAAACUCUCGCCAAGUCGCUACACGAGGGGGAGGAGUGGGACAGGAUCAGAGCUAACUGGGUUGAGCAGGCACGACUUGAGCGGGACCAAAGCAUCGAGAGGAGGCUCAACGCUGAAACCCCUUUGGUGCGUCACAACUUUGCCACGUGGGACGAGGACGGUGAGAUACGCUCCAUCAACAUCAGGGGGACCGCUGCGAAGUUCAAGAAGCAGGUGAUGAAGAGGUCGCAGACUGCGGCGGACCUCAGUGACCCAAGUGACGAACCGACCGACGCCAAGCGAGUCAUCAUCAAAGGGAAGAGCCGCGUCGUGGUGAAGGAUGGAAUAGAGGGGCGGAGGGUGACGAGGUCGAUGUCGGCGGCAGCGGCGAUGCAGGUCGAGGUGACGAAGGUGGACAGAGGGAAAGAAAGAGGGGUAGCUGAGGAAAAACGAUGGUCCGACCACGAGCCCGAGGACGAUGUCCUGCCCGCCCUUCCCCUCUUUGAGGACGUCACCACCGCCAAGAGCGCCUCGACCUCGACUACCCAUUAAUGAUCAAGCACACCAUCAUCACCUGGAACGUAAGAAGGGGCAUGGGGGUCCCGGAAAAACGACGUAAUAUCUACACCUACCUUUCCACAUUCAAAGCUUCCGCGAUUCUCUUACAAGAGCAUUUCAUCAGACCACAAUUCUGGCAGCUCAUCAAGGACGAGUACGAGGGCAAGCUCUUCAUCAACCAGCACUGCCUGACCCUGAUCCCGGCCGACUCGCCCCUGAUCGACACCGAGCUCUUGUGCACCCACUCGGCACUCGACGGCCGGCUCCUCGUCACCUCCUUUCGUCUGCGGGGCGACAUCAAAAUUCUAGAAAUCAAUAACCUCUACGCGCCCGUUGACCCAAAACAACGAGCAAAAUUCUUCGACAAACUGAUCCUCCACAAAACACAGAAAUCCCACCUCCGACUCCUUGGCGGCGAUCUCAACGACUGCCCGCGCCCAGAAGUCGAUCGGCGGAACCAAAGUCGGCGCUGUCAGGCAAACAGCGAUACACUGACAGCAACACUCGAAGGAAGUCCCUGA